AUGGCAACUCCGCGGCAUAUUGAGAUUGAAGACCCACCGGUCACAUUUACGUCUCCUGUGUGGGCAAAUUUUGGUUUUCCAGUGGACUACAACAAUGGAAAUCGUGUCAUAGACAAAACGCGCGUCGUCUGUCGUAAGUGUUUCACAAAAGUUGCUCAUACGACGGGAAACACUUCUAACAUGCAAGCGCAUCUCCGGAGACAUCAUCCCGACAUUGAUAUCAGCAGCACACGUAAGAGACCUCAAAAACAGGAAACUUUUCCUACUGCCUUUAGAAUUAAGCUACAGGCCGACUCAGACCGUGCUCAAGCAAUUACCAAGGCGAUUGGUGUUUUCAUGGCGCUGGAUAUGCGCCCAUUUUCAGUUGUUGAGAACGACGGAUUCACGCAUUUGCUACGUGUGUUAGAGCCCAGAUAUCAACUACCGAGCCGACCGCAUUUUAGUCAGAAUGUUUUGCCUCAACUUUACAACAAAGUGAGAGCCAAACUGGUGGAGGACCUGAGCAAUGCAAAAUUCAUUGCUUUAACUACAGAUGGGUGGACCUCCCGUGCAACUCAGUCCUUCAUCACGAUCACAGCGCACUAUAUUACCGACAACUGGGUAAUUGCAAAUCCCGUUCUCCAGACACGCGUGGUCUAUGAAAGCCAUACAAGUGAUCAUCUGUCGGAAAUACUACAGGGAGCUGUAGCUGAGUGGAAAAUUGACAGAGAAAACGCGACUGUUCCCGUCACAACAGACAACGCCAAAAAUAUAGUGAAUGCAGUUAAAGCAGCCGGAUUUUCACCAAACAUUCGAUGUUUUGCACACACUGUUAACCUGGCUUCACAACGGGGGAUGGGCGUUAACCAGAUGUCACGGCUUUUAGGCAGAGUGAGAAAAGUUGUCACUUUUUUCCAUCGAAGCACUACUGCUGCAGCAGUGCUCAAGGACAAACAAGAGAUGCUCCAACUGCCUACACACAAGCUGAUCCAGGAUGUCCCCACCAGGUGGAACUCAAGCUAUGACAUGCUUGAGCGCUACCUUGAACAGCAGGCUGCUGUUUUCUCAGCACUUACAGACAAGAAUAUUAAGAGGAACAUUAAGGACAUUGUUACUCUGUCUGAUGAAGAUGUAAAAGUAGCUGAGAACAUUGUUCAGGUUCUCAAACCACUGAAAACGGUAACAGCUCUGUUGAGCACUGAACAGCUGCCAACCGUUUCAAUGAUAAUGCCACUGAAACACACCAUCCUGGAAUCUAUGAACGUGAGUUGCACAGAUACAGCAGUUGUGAAAGAUGUCAAAUCUGCCAUUGUGUCCGACUUCACCAAAAGAUACUCAGACUCUGACUCAACACUUGUGCAGUUUCUUCAUAUGAGUACUGCACUUGACCCACGUUUUAAAUCUCUGCCGUUUCUUGAAGAGACCACACGCAGCAUCGUCUUCAACAGCCUGAUAGAGAAGAUUCUGGAAUGCCAUCCCUCACAGGCCCAAGCCUCAGAGGAGCAGUCAGAAGUGGCAUCCAGCAGUGAUUGUGAUCCUCCAGCCAAAAGAGCACCAAUCGCGGAACUGUUUGGAAAGUUAUUUCCAGUGGAGACGAGCACACCUGCAUCCAAGUCUCUGUCUGAAAUGGUGAAAGAGGAGGUGCAGCGUUACAAGGAAAUGGCGACUCUUCAAGUGGAGUCAAAUCCACUUGCAUGGUGGAAGGACAAAGAGAGCCAGUUUCCCCAUUUAGCCAGGUUGGCUAAAUGCUUCCUUGGAGUCCCUGCAACAUCAGUCCCCAGUGAGCGGGCUCUACAGCAGGGGACAUUGUUACAGCACAGAGAGCAAGCCUCUCACCUGAGAAUGUGGACAUGA